AUUAAUUACUACUGCUUGCUUACUUUGUGAUGCGGAACUUCGAAACCGAAACCAAUCAUAAGAUAUAUAUAUCUUCUGUUGUUCAUUCCAUGCUUUAUAUAUGUGGAUCCAAUUUCCGCUGGUCUGAGAUAGUUUUUACAAUAUAAACAAGUAACAAACAACAAAAUUUUCGAAUAAACAUGAGUAAUCAAAUAAAAUAAAGCGAAUCUAUAAGACCUCAUAUCCAGAUAUUUCAUUUCCCUCUUUGUUUUUUUCUAGUUUUUUCGAGAUUUCACUAAUAAAUAUAAUACUUAAUUUCUUACUAUAUAGAAUAAUAGAAUUGAUCAUUACCUCAUUACGCGGCGGUCAAGCUUGUUAUUACUCCCUAUCACAUCAUUCACACACACGCAGACUCGCUUGACACAUGGUGGAUUUAUUUGUACUUGUACAUUUGAUAUAUAUAAACAGGCAGGAUGUAUAACGAGAGAUUCAUUCGUAGUGAUAUAUUAGAUAUUAAAAGGUAAAAGUAGAAAGAGAUAGAGAGAGAGAGGUGCAAGAGAGAUAUGGAGAUGGAGAAGUACAAGCCGGUCAUAGCGUUAGUGCUGCUUCAGUUUACAUCAGCAGGAGUUGCACUCUUCACGAAAGCUGCUUUCAUGGAAGGACUCAAUCCCACCGUCUUCGUCGUUUACCGUCAAGCCAUCGCUACUCUCUUCAUCUGUCCCAUCUCUUUCUUCUCCGCUUGGAGCAAAGCAAACAAACCUUCUCUUGGAAUCAGAGGCUUUUGGUGGGUGGCUCUCACAGCUUUUUUUGGUGUUACUGUGAAUCAGAACGCUUAUUUUAAAGGGAUUGACUUAUCUUCUUCAUCCAUGGCUUGUGCCAUGACCAAUCUUAUUCCUGCUGUCACCUUCAUCAUCUCCAUCAUUGUUGGAUUCGAGAGGAUAAAGAGGAGAAGUUUGAAAAGUGUAGCAAAGGUAAUAGGAACAGGUGUAUGUGUAGGAGGAGCCAUGGCAAUGACUUUUCUAAGAGGACCUAAACUGCUCAACGCCAUUUUGAACCAAGACAACAACAACACUUGGCUACUAGGUUGCUUAUGUCUUCUCGUUAGCACAUUUGCUUGGUCCUCCUGGUUGAUCCUUCAAGUUCCCAUCGCUAAUCAUUGUCAUGAUCACUUGUACACUUCCUCCUGGACUUGUUUCAUGGCUACCAUAGCCUCUUUCUUCAUGGCUCUCGCCUUAGGCAACACUGACUUAACGUCCUGGAAGCUUGAUUCCUCGUUGAAGCUCUCCUGCUGCAUAUACUCUGGACUCCAAUUGGCGGUGUCUUUCUUUCUACAAGCUUGGUGCGUGUCGCGGAAAGGGCCUCUUUUCUCUGCACUCUUCAACCCUCUUUCUACUGUCAUUGUCACUUUCUUCGGCGCUCUGUAUCUAAAAGAGCAGACUUACCUUGGCAGCUUGCUGGGGGCUUUGGCUAUCAUCCUGGGUCUCUACAUUGUUCUAUGGGGCAAAACCGAAGACUAUCUACAAGAAGAAGCAACUGACCUGAAACUGCAAAAUGAGCACACCACUACCUCCCAAUCUGACUUUGUUCCCAUUCUGAUUGGCGAUAGGGCUUUUAGUAGUUCGGAGCUCUUAGAACCUCUUCUCAUGUAAACUCUUUUAAGAGUCGGUUCUAGAUGGUGUAAUGAUAAGUUUUUUGGACAAAGUAAAGUAAAAUGAAAUGGAACUUGUUUCACAAAUCUUUACUCGUCCCAACAUAUUCAGAAGCUGAUACACAGACAAAAAAAGACUCGAAAUAGAAUGCACAAAGCAAGUGUUUUUGUAAUAACUCAUUGUGUUGCAUAUUUUAAAAGAGAAAAAUACAUUGAAUUGCAACCUCACACACAAGACAAGCGAUCAAACAAGUUUGUCUUAAAGGCUGCAUUUUUACGGACUCAAGAUAAUCUUUUUGGUCUUGUGAUCUAAUAAUAGCUGCGUUUCCUGUUGUUCCUGAAGGCGCAACAACCAACGGAGUAGACGAUAAUGAGGAAUACGAGGAAGACAAUGUUCACCUUAGCCACUUUUUUCCACGAGUUCUUGAGGUUAUCUAGCAGACCGGCCUUGCACGCUUGGCAGUUGUAGCAUAAAGUUCCAGGCCUGUUGUCCCAAACGUUACAGUCCUCGUUUGUGUAAGGACCAGUGGUCUUUGUCCAAUUAGUGGGGCCCACGUACGUGAAGUUACAAUCAUUGGACGGCUUACAGCAACCAGACUACACAAGUGAAGCAAAAAAAAAAAAAGGGAA